CAGGAAUCAGAGGAAUUCAGAGAGACAGAGACAGAAGGAACAAGUGGCUGCAUGAGGCAGGCACUUGGAGAGUGGGGUCAAGUUUUGCAGGAAUUCCUAACCCAUCUUGGAAGAGGUGGCUGCGGUCCAGUGUGGCCCAGGCAGCAUCAGCCUGGUGCCUGGAGUCUCCACAUUAGCGCCUCCCUUCUAGAAGUGGCUCGCAACUGCUGUCUCCAGGGGCCUCCCGAUAAGGUCUCACUCCCUCUCUCCUGCUCAGCUCCACUCUUGAAAUUGAAAUACGGGCUGGAAUUCACUGCACCCCAAAAAUCAUGGGACCCAGGAUAGGUCCAGUGGGUGAGGAGCCCCGGAUGUCAGACAAGGACACCAAGGCCAUGAUGAGCACAGAAGACAUACCUCAAGGCAAGGCCAGCCCAAACUCUCAGGACUUGCAACGAAGUGUGUUCUAUAGCAUCAAGUUCUUCGUCCUGUGCCACAGCCUGCUGCAGCUGGCACAGCUCAUGAUCUCCGGCUACCUCAAGAGCUCCAUCUCCACAGUGGAGAAGCGCUUCGGCCUCUCCAGUCAGACCUCAGGGCUGCUGGCUGCCUUCAAUGAGGUGGGGAACACAGCCCUGAUUGUGUUUGUGAGCUACUUUGGCAGCCGAGUCCACCGGCCCCGACUGAUCGGCUAUGGGGCUGUCCUUGUGGCCCUGGCAGGCCUGCUCAUGAGUCUCCCACACUUCAUCUCGGAGCCAUACCGCUACGACCAUGCCAGCCCCGUGGACAUGCCACAGGAUUUUGAGGCUUCUCUGUGCCAGUCCAAAACCUUGGUCCCAGACCCAACCCCAGCUCCCUCCAACAGCAGCUGCUCAAGCUACACGGAGACCCAACAUUUGGCUGUGGUAGGGAUAAUGUUCACGGCACAGACCCUGCUCGGCGUGGGCGGUGUGCCCAUUCAGCCCUUCGGCAUCUCCUACAUCGAUGAUUUUGCUCACAACAGCAAUUCGCCCCUCUACCUUGGGAUCUUGUUUGCAGUAACCAUGAUGGGGCCAGGCAUGGCCUAUGGGCUGGGCGGUCUCAUGCUGCGCCUUUAUGUAGACAUCGACCGGAUGCCAGAAGGUGGUAUCAGCCUGACCUCAAAGGACCCCCGAUGGGUGGGUGCCUGGUGGCUGGGCUUCCUCAUCUCCGCUGGUGCGGUGGCCCUGGCUGCCGUCCCCUACUUCUUCUUCCCCAGGGAGAUGCCCAAGGAGAAGCAUGAACUUCGCUUUUGGCGAAAGGUCUUGACGGUCUCAGACUCACCUGUCAGCAAAGGUGAAGAUUCUCCCUCUGAGCAGAGUCUGCGGGAACCUCUAGAGAAGCAGGAUGGCCUAGUCCAGAUUGCACCAGACCUGACUGUGAUCCAGUUUAUCAAAGUGUUCCCCAGGGUGCUGCUGCGGACCCUGCGCCACCCCAUCUUCCUGCUGGUGGUCCUGUCUCAGGUGUGCAUGUCAUCCAUGGUGGCAGGCAUGGCCACCUUCUUGCCCAAGUUCCUGGAGCGCCAGUUUUCCGUCACAGCGUCCUACGCCAACCUGCUCAUAGGCGGCCUCACCAUCCCAUCGGCCAUUAUAGGCAUCGUGGUGGGGGGCAUGCUGGUCAAGCGCCUCCACCUGGGCCCCAUGCGCUGUGGAGCCCUCUGCCUGCUGGGGGCGCUGUUCUGCCUACUUCUCAGCCUGCCCCUCUUUUUCAUGGGCUGCCCUACCCACCGGAUUGCAGGCAUCACCCACGAGCCUGGCAACUUGCCUGGACUAGAACAGUUUCCAGCCUGCAGAGGGAAUUGCUCCUGUCCAUUGGACGACUUUAACCCUAUCUGCGACCCCAGCACCCAUGUGGAGUACCUCACACCCUGCCAGGCAGGCUGCACAAGCCGGGUGGUCCAGGAGGCUCUGGACAAAAGCCAGGUUUUCUACGCCAACUGCAGCUGCGUGGUAGGGGGAGGCCCUGUGCCCGCGGGCUCCUGCGACUCCGCCUGCAGCCACCUGGUGCUGCCCUUCAUGUUCCUGGUCAGCCUGGGUGCGGCACUGGCCAGUCUCACCCACACACCCUCCUUCAUGCUCAUCCUAAGGGGAGUGAAGAAAGAAGACAAGACGCUGGCUGUGGGGAUCCAGUUCAUGCUCCUGAGAGUUUUGGCCUGGAUGCCCAGCCCAGUGAUCCACGGCAGCGCCAUCGACACCACCUGUGUGUACUGGGCCCAGAGCUGUGGGCGGCGGGCCGUUUGUCGCUACUAUGACCAUGACCUGCUCCGAAACCGGUUUGUCGGCCUCCAGUUCUUCUUCAAGACAAGCUCCCUGGCCUGCUUUGCCUUGAUUUUGGCCAUCCUAAGGCAGCAGGACAAAGAGGAGAGGACCCAGGUCACCGUAUCCAUCCCUGGCCUACAGCAACAGCAGCCAUUAGUGUCAGGGCCAGAAAAGAAGCCUGAGGAAUUCAGACCGUGAGCUGGUCCCAGAGUGGCCGCCACUGGGAAUACCUCCUCUGGGCUCUUUGCCCAAUAUUGGGUGUCAGGAACCCCGUUUUCUAAUUCAGACUCCUCUGCUAACUUGCUAUGUGACUUUGGGCAAGUUUGACCCUCUCUGGGCUUUUGGGACUCAUCUGAACCAAAGAGUUGUCUAGGGGUUUGGUGUGUUGGCCACUUCUAAUGCAAGAUGGUCUUCCCCCUUCCUCCCCCAGCCAGACAGGCUGACCUGACCAGGCUUUCCUGGUGGAAGGACUGCAUAUCUUUCUCCCAGGUCCUAAGAUAGAGAAGUAGACAACAGUAGGCCAGGCUGCCCUGCACACCUGGUCCUAGCCUAGCUUUGCCACUCACCGGGAGCACCCUCUCUGGGCCUCAGCCACCACCUCUGUCAGGUGGAAAUGGACUUGCCAGCUUUCAGGCCUUUUCCAGCCAUGACCAUCUGUGUGGUCAGUAUGGACUCAAGUCUCAUCUCCAGCCCCACUCAGCCUGGAGGUGGGGCCAGGACAGCCUCUGUCAAGAAGUGUCCAUUUGGCGCCCCCUGGAGGCAGAGCCCUGAACUCUGAGCGGGACCUACUAGGGAGGGAGCUGGCCUCACAGGACAUCCAGGCUGAUUGGGGUCUCCAGCAAACCUGGUGUGAGGGCCCCUGGGGAGUUUAGCUGAGGUGGAGGCUCACUCUCUGGACUCAGGAAGUCCCAGUCCUUGCCCUCAGGGAACCACAGUCUGGGUGUGGCCUAGUCUCGGCCUUAAGGGCUCCAGUGGGGAGGGAGACCCAGGUCCCACACUUGGGCAUUUUCUGACUUCAAAGACCAAACACACUCUGCACACAUUCACUGGUACUUAUGCAUUGCCAAGAUUUCACUCUGAGCAGGGCCCACCAAAGUCACUGUUACUUUUGUGACUAGAUCCUAAUUUCACCAUUUCCUUCCUGGUGCCUGACUCUUUGUGGCCUGGGGCUGUAUAGAUGCCUGGUUCUGUGAUAACCAUGUUUUGGGGGUAACAUCUGGUUCUCUGUGAUGCCUGAGUUGGUGUAAGCACCUGUUCUUUGUAAGGCCCAGGCCUAGAAUGCUGGGACUUGUUAAUGUCAGGCUCUAUGUAAUGAGCGGGUCUGUGGAAUGCUUGUGUCUGAACCAACUGGUCCUUAUCUUCAGUGGCCUUGUCUUGUUUUAUGGCUAGUCUUAUCUGGCCUGGUUGUCUCCCUGAGAGGGGGAGAGAGUUUCCCUGAUCUUCUCCAGCCCAUUCUGUUGCCACCACAUACCUGACCUGGCUGGGACCUGCUGCUUGGGAGGCAAGAGGCAGGUCUGUCAGCCGCAGCUUCCCAAGCCCUGUGCUGGAGGCAGGGGAGAAGCUGGGGGGCAGGUGGGGGACAGGAGGGCAAUGCAGCUCUGACCCUCUGAGCAUCUCCCUGUGGCAGGGCUUUGAGGCUCUCCCAUGUGAAAAAGGAAGGGGAAGGUACAGUUCUCACUCCCAUUUUGAUUCUAUUGGCUGGUAUCUUUAAAUGUUUAACAUCUAUCUGAGCCUGUUAUCAAUGCCGAGAAUUUCAAAUUCUCCUCCAACAAGAGGAGGCUGUUUACGCUUUAUAUUCCUUUUCCCAGGUUUUGCAGAAAUAAUUUGGAGUUAUAGAUACAGCUUAUUAUUAAAUUUGUUCUUGCAUAA